UCAUACAGUCAGCAGUGGUUCAACAUGGCAUCCACCGGAGAGUGGGAGUUGGUGGUUAAAGGCUCUAAAAAGGGCAAAGGUGCAACUGUUGCCAAUGGGAAACUUAAUAAAGAAGAAAAGAAACAGUUUAUUCAAAAAGCUCCCAGAGUUACACUAACAGGGGGAAUUGAGGUAGUAGCAGCUGGUAAGGAAAAUCGCAAACCAAAGUCACCAAAAGCUGCGAGUGCACCAAAGAAGAAGAAACCAGAAAAGAAAAAUAAUGUUGGUCCAUAUCAGCCUGGUACUCUGGAGGAAGCAGUGUGCAGGUUGAGUGUAGGAGAGAUGCAGAAUCUAUUGGAUGUGGUUGUGUCACGUUUUUAUGAUUCUCCCUUAAUCUGGUUGAAAGAUUUGGCUUCCUACCUAAAUGUACGAGUUAAUCCAGUCCACUCGCCAGAUCCUGCCUUCAGGGGUCAUCCAAACACAUUCCCUGCAUCCCUGUUGGGUUCAGAGGUUAAGAAGUUGCUGGUAAACACAUUGUCAGGUUGUACUGAUAAUGUACUAGCAUUAUUUCACAAGCACUGUAUUACAUCUAUGGUCCAGGAGCAAAUUAAAGGUCUUGGUGUGGCUGGUUAUAAGCUUUUUUUACAGAUCUUGUCAAUUAACCAUGCACAUGUGGGUGUCAUGAAUUUGCCUUACUAUUGUGAUCUGCGACACAAUAUCCAGAACCAGACUCCUGCCUGUCUUUCCAUGCUGUGGGCAGUUGGGCAGUCUGGGCUGGAUGACUUCACUGUAGGUUUGAAAGUAUGGAUGGAGCUCAUGGUACCUCUCAUUGGCCUGAAGAACUACUCUGCAUAUGUGGUAGACUACGGAAGCACAGUAUUUGGGGGAGGAGGGGGAGAUGGGGCUGAAGACUGUGGGGAUGUCCUGGGUGUACGUGAAUUUUUCACAAUCUUGGAUUUCACUUGGUGUUCUUCUGUGUCAUUGCCAAAGCCUGUACAGAGACAGCUCUUUGCCCUCUAUCCAAAAGUCAAGACAGCAGCUUUCAGUUCUAGUCCUGAAGUGACACUGCGCAACUUCUUUCCAUCAUUUUUACGUCGUCUAGAUCCAAAUGUGUCUCAUGCAUUAAGAGUGGAGUUACUGACAUGCCUGGUUCAGUGCUUAACUCAAGAUCCCCAGUGCUGGAGCAUAUGGUCACAGCUUUACCUCAAGCAUUUACCACAGUCAGCUGUCCUACUUCAUCACUUAGGUCGAGAAUGGAAGAUUCUGAGUCGGUCCUUGCGUGUCCAAAGGAAAGAGGUACGAGAAACUAUAGAAGGUUUUGCGGAAUCCAAUGAACAGAUGUCGCAUAAAGCUCGUGCUGUGGCUGGAGUUAUUGAAGCUACAGAGGCAACAAAGGUAUUGCUGAACCAAAUGAAGACUGUGAAAGGCAAAUCACCUCUUCCACGUGUGAUGAAACUUCUGGGGAUUGUCUUGGUGACAGCCAUCAUCUGGGACAUUAGAAGUGCAGGAUCAUUCUAUGGAUCAAAGUUGGGACAAACUGUGGAAAGAGCAGGACUUGUUCCAUAUUUGGAAACUUUUGGACAAGCCUCCAAAGCUGCUUUUAUUCACUCAUACAAGUGGUGUGUUAUUAAUAUACCUGUGUUCUAUAUUCGUGGUUGUGAGCUUGCAGCACCAUAUCUUCUUUUGAUGAUGGAAAAAGUAGAGGGGAUUAUUGGUUAUUGCUCAGCAGCAUUGGCAUCAGCUGAGGAAUAUAUUCCAGUUCUAAAAGAAAAGAUUGAGACAUCAGUGCCUGGACUGAGAGCAUCAGCAGGUCAUUAUGGAACUCUUGCUUUGGAAACUAUGCAGGUUGGCUUCUUAGCAAUCAAAGAUGCAUUGACACCCUAUUUGGCUGAGGCUCACAAGUUUUUCUCCACAAGAGUGUUUGUAGGACCUCUUGCCCCAGAGAAGCUGCAGGAAUACAUGAUAGGAGCUGUGGAUUAUUUGAGCCAAUUACUCUUAAGAAUGCAUUCAAGUCUUGUGAGUGCUCUGCAAGAUCCUGAUACUACUACAAACAAGACCAGCUAAUUAUUCAUUAGUUGGGAUUUUGUUGGUUUCCUAGUGUAUUGUAUAUAUUAUGUAGAGUUAACUUAGCUGGUUCAUUUACACAUGUAGGAUUAUCCUGAUAGCUAUUCUAUAUUCAGGUUAUUUAUGGUAUUUGACAUUUAAGUAUUAAUUUUGCAUUCCAAGAAACAUUUUGUGACAAGACAUUUGUACAGUACUGUCAAAGUAGUGCCAUAAAGGUUGACACCUAUACAUACACUGUAAUUUGACAAUAAUUUAGCAGCUAUUCAGUUCAUUACCUCUAGACAUGUCCUGCCAGGAGUCUCAUAAAAUGAAUGAAGGUCUUGUACAUUUUUCUUAAAAACUGUUUAUAUGAACUGCCCCCCAAUUUUUUUUAAUCCAUUUGGAUUAUAGAUUGCUUAAAAAAUGGUGGUAAACUGGUUAGUAGUGUGACGCUGCAGUGGUCUCAUAGCAGCCACGGUUUGUUCGUCUCCAUUUUAUAUUUUUGUCAAUGACAUGACUUGUGCCUUAUUGCCCACAAGAGAUUUAUCUACAUGCUUUGCUGUGAAAUCUGUGCAUCGUUUAUUAUUUGCAGUAAAGGUGGAUUUAAUUCUAGUAAGUAAAGAUAGAUAUAG